GUGCCUGCCUGUGACCCUCACGGCUAGGGAGAUCUGCUCUCAAAACUUUUUGUCCCCGUCUUGAUCCUGCCGACAGCUGUCCGCAACAAACGGCGGGCAAGACCACUGUCCAACAACUGCUAUCUCUUCAUACGAAAGACCUUCUCUAAGCCUACAUCAAGAUGACUGACAUCCAGGAGGCCGAGGCGCCGCACAACAACUUCGACACCAUUUUGGUGUUGGACUUUGGCAGCCAGACGAGCCACUUGAUCUUGCGCCGGCUGCGGAGUCUGAAGGUCUAUGCUGAGAUGCUGCCUUGCAACACCAACAUUGCCGAGCUGCCGUUCAAGCCCAAGGGCAUUGUGUUCUCGGGAGGUCCCUCUUCCGUCUAUGAUAAGGACGCGCCUCAUGUCGAUCCUGCUGUUUUCGAUCUUGGCGUGCCAAUUCUCGGUAUCUGGUAUGAGUGCCAGGAACUUGCCUGGAGGGCUGAUGCCAGCAAUGUAGCUGGUGGCACUAUCCGCGAGUACGGCCACGCCGACGUGAACAUUCUCAACACUGGAAACGCCCACACAGAUAGCCUCUUCAAGGGCCUGGGAGACUCUAUGCACGCCUACAUGAGUCAUUUCGAUAAGCUCGUCAAGCUGCCUGCUGGUUUCGUCGUCGUUGCUAGCACGACAAACUCCGAGUUCGCUGGUAUCGCUCACGAGACGAAGCCUAUCUACGGAGUCCAAUUUCACCCCGAACUCGAGCACACCCCUCGCGGUUCGGAGAUCCUCCGCAACUUCGCCAUCGACAUCUGCGGUGCCCAGGACAGCUGGGUCAUGAAGGACUUCAUCCAAAAGGAGAUCGUCCGGAUAAGGCAUCUUGUCGGUGAGACUGCGCAAGUCAUUGGUGCCGUCUCCGGUGGUGUCGACUCGACAGUUGCCGCGAAGCUCAUGAAGGAGGCUAUCGGUGAUCGCUUCCACGCCAUUCUUGUCGACAACGGUGUCAUGCGAUUGAAUGAGUGCGAGCAGGUCAAGGAAACUCUUGAGCACCACCUUGGUAUCAACCUAACAGUUGUUGAUGGCGCCGAGCUCUUCCUGAGCCGUCUUAAGGAUGUCCACGAGCCGGAGAAGAAGCGCAAGAUUAUUGGCGGCACAUUUAUCGACCUCUUCCAGAAGGAGGCUAUCCGGAUUGAGAAGGAGGCCGAGAACACACCAAAUGCCGGUCCUGUCACAUGGUUUUUGCAAGGCACACUGUACCCCGAUGUCAUCGAGAGUGUAUCAUACAAGGGGCCCAGUGCUACGAUCAAGACACACCACAACGUUGGAGGAUUGCCGGAGACUCUCAAGCUGAAACUCAUUGAGCCUCUGCGCGAGAUGUUCAAGGACGAGGUCCGCAAGUUCGGCCAGGAGUUGGGCAUCCACAGAGACCUGGUCAUGCGCCACCCGUUCCCUGGACCUGGUAUUGCCAUCCGCAUUCUCGGCGAGGUUACUCCCGAGAGAGUGCGCAUCACCCGCACCGCCGACCACAUCUUCAUCUCUGAAAUCCGCAACGCGGGUGUUUAUGACGAGAUGAGCCAGGCUUAUGUCGCCAUCAGCAAGGACCGCGCGGUCGGCGUCCAGGGUGAUGCCAGAGUGUACGGCUACAUUGCCAUUCUGCGCGCCGUCAAGACUCUCGACUUCAUGUCCGCAGAGCCAUACGACUUUGACUUUGCCCUUCUCAAGCGCAUCUCGACGCGCAUCGUCAACGAGGUCGACGGCAUCGCCCGCGUCACGUACGAUAUCACCAGCAAGCCCCCUGGAACCAUUGAGAUGGAGUAGACAGACGCACCUGCUGUCACACCCCGUAAACCUUCGAUGGAGUGCGAGGGACAAUCUCGCCCAGGAACGAGAUAGACUGAAGGGUUUUCUUCAGAAGGCGCAUGCCCGGAUCGUCGCCGUUUGCCAUUUGAUAAUCAAUACAUAGAAUUGCUCUGUAUGUGCCUCUUUGUCCAAUGGUAUCAUCUCCCCAUUGGCGUUAUCUACAUUGAGUGCGUCGUCUUCCGAAGAGGAAUCGAAUGGCCAUGAACAAUAAUGCAAUCUUUCGUGACUCUGUCCAUCACCGCCG